CUCCCGGAGUCUUUCCAGAGUCUUGACUCUCCUCACGAGGCCGCGCCACUGAGGCACCUAAAUCAACAACGGUCAGGACCCCACUCUCGCCCUCUGCCCGCCUGCCAGGACCCAUGCAACAUGCUGCCCGCAGGCCUCGAGUGUUCCCACGUGCUCGGCCGGCAGCAUCUGCUGCGCCUGCUGUUCUUGCUGUUUCUGCUGUCACAGCCAGUAACCCGCGCCCAGACCAAGCCGGUUGCACCCAGUGCCCCAGCAGCGCUGGGAACCGCCAGCGACAUGACCACAUCCAGUGUCUCGAGUGUCCCAACCCCGCCAGGACCCCCCAGAGCCCAGAGACUGCAGGAGCACGCACGGGCCUUGAUGCGGAACUUCCCACUAGUGGAUGGCCACAACCAUCUGCCCCGGGUCCUGAGAGAACGUUUUCAGAACAGACUACAAAACGUUAACCUGCGCAACUUCAGUCACAGCCAGACCAACCUGGACAAGCUUAGGGAUGGCCUCGUGGGAGCCCAGUUCUGGUCAGCCUACACACCUUGCCAGACCCAGGACCAGGAUGCUGUGCGCCUCACGCUGGAGCAAAUCGAUCUCAUUCAUCGCAUGUGUGCUUCCUACACUGAACUGGAGCUUGUGACCUCAGCUGAAGGUCUGAACAGCACUCAGAAGCUGGCCUGCCUCAUCGGCGUGGAAGGUGGUCACUCACUGGACAGCAGUUUCUCUGUACUGAGGAGUUUUUAUCUGCUGGGAGUGCGCUACCUGACCCUCACCUUCACCUGCAGCACACCCUGGGCAGACAGUUCCACCAAGUUUAAGCACCACUUCUACACCAACGUCAGUGGGUUGACAAGCUUUGGUGAGAAGGUGGUAGGGGAAAUGAACCGCCUGGGCAUGAUGGUGGAUUUGUCCCACGCGUCGGACACCGUGGUGCAACAAGUGCUGAAGGUAUCGAGGGCUCCUGUGAUCUUCUCCCACUCAGCUGCCAAGGCUGUGUGCGACAGUUUGCUGAAUGUUCCCGAUGACAUCUUGCAACUUCUGAAGAAGAAUGGUGGCAUUGUGAUGGUGACGCUGUCCAUGGGGAUUUUACAGUGUAACCUGUUUGCUAAUGUGUCCACUGUGGCAGAUCACUUCGACCACAUCAGGGCAGUCAUUGGAUCUGAGUUCAUCGGGAUUGGCGGAAAUUAUGACGGGUCUGGCCGGUUCCCUCUGGAGCUAGAGGAUGUAUCCACAUACCCGGUUCUGAUAGAAGAGUUACUGAGUCGGGGCUGGAGUGAAGAAGAGCUUCAGGGUGUCCUUCGAGGAAAUCUGCUGCGGGUCUUCAGACAAGUGGAACAGGUGAGAGAUGAAAGCAGUGGUCAGAGCCCUGCAGAGGAUGAGUUUCCAGACAGGCAGGUGGGCAGGUCCUGCCACUCCCAUCUUCUGUCUCAGUGUCAGCGUGAAUACCCCGCCGCACACCUGGAGGUGACCAAGAAGCCAACCAGUCAUAUUCUCCAGAGACCCUCAAAAGCCUCCCCACACCCUGGCCUAGCCUUCAUGGCUACUGCCACCUUCUCAAUCCUCAUCUCGUGGCUCUGGUGACCUGGUCAGUUCCCCAAAGGUCACCUUAGCAAAGUCUCACAAGGUCCCGCUCCUAGUCAGCUGGGCACAAGCAUAUGCUGAGAAUAAAG